GUUUUGAAGGACCAGGGCCACCUUUGACUCGGCGCCUGCAGUAUCUUCUGUGCCCCUGGGCAGCAUGUUCCCGGAGCUACCCGGGAGCCAUAAGAAGUGAGGCGGUGGCGUCGCCGUAGAAGCGGAUCUGGAGGAGGCCGGGUGGACACCCGAGGAAGAAGACCGCGCCGAGCAAAGCGGCAUGAUGUUCCGGGGGCUGGUUGCCCGGCGGGCGGCGCACGGUGAUCGUGCGACCUGUCCAUGGUGUUGAAGGCGCCGUGCGCCCAGCUCCGCGAGCCCGGUGCAGUGCGCCCUGCCGCGUGCGCCAACCUCCGCGCAGCCCGCUCCUCGCGCCCGCCAGCUGCCGCCCAGUUCCAGCACACCCCGGGCCAAGGCUCGUCCGGUACGCCGUCUGGGUGACCGCGCCGUCGGCCCGAGGGGAGGCUUGGAUGGCGAGGCCAGAGUCAGACGAACCAGGAGCCCGCAGGGAAAGGUCGACUGAGACCGCGCGCCCACGGGGAGUCCCCCUCUGAGUGCGGCGUGCUGGCCAGACGGGACAAGGGACUGGCUGGUGACCAUCCAUCGGAGAUUUCUAAAAGACCUGACCAGAGGAAAAGAACGACUCUUUGCUUGCAGACCUGAAGAGGGAGAACUGUUGAGUGGGAGACCUGGGGGGGAGUCCGGACAGCCGGCCCGGCAUCCAGAGGUUUCCUUCACUGGCCGGCCCCAUCGAGGGUGUUUCAGUCCUUUCUGUCGCUGAGUGGUUCCUCCUGACAGCCCGUCCCCCAUCCCAGGCAAGCCGUGCGUGUGGGUCCCGUCGCCCUGCACAGAGAAAGGCCAGCAGCCCCACCGCAGCCUCAGACACCCGGUGUUUAGUUCCCGGCGGGAGUGCAGCGGCGCCCGAAGCCGGGCUGUGUGCGGACUCGGCCGGUUGAGAGCAGUCGCUUCCCGCGGAGCAGCGAGGGGGCGGGAGGCGGUGUUGGCAGGCUCGCGGCCGCCGGAGGCUGCGCCUGCCCCGGAGGAUGCCCAGGAGACCGCCGGAGUCUCUCCGGAUCAGAACUUUGUAGGCUCUCCGCCCCACCCACGCAGUCCCUGGGCAGUGCACCGGCAGGUGGGGGCCGAGGGGGCGCCGCCGCAAGUCCCCUCCCGUCCCCACCCCCACCUUGGCUCGGCCACCCGUCGCUUUGUUCUGAGCCCGGGGAGGGAAGGCGAGGCUGCGGCGGAUCAUGCCCAUAGUGUAGCCGCGAAGCGGAGGCAUGGCUGCCGGAAGGUUACUGCUCUACACCGGUCUCUCGCUAGCGCUCUGCGCCCUGGGCAUGCUGGCCGUGGCCAUCUGCUCGGACCACUGGUAUGAGACGGACGCCAGGAAGCACAGGGACAGGUGCAAGGCCUUCAACACCCGCCGGAUCGACCCCGGCUUCAUUUACAACAAUAACAACAACUUGCCCCUCCGGGCGAGCCGCUCGCGCCUGGACCGCUGGGAGGGCAAACUCCUCCGGGCCCGGAACCGCCGGCAACUCUUCGCCAUGAGCCCCGCUGAUGAGUGCAGCCGGCAGUACAACUCCACCAACAUGGGCCUUUGGAGGAAGUGCCACCGGCAGGGCUUCGACCCCGAGAUCGCGGCCCUCAUUCGAAAAGGAGAAAUCGAGCGGUGCACCUACAUCAAAUACCACUACUCCUCAGCCACCAUCCCGAGGAACCUCACUUUCAACAUCACCAAGACCAUCCGGCAGGAUGAGUGGCACGCCCUGCACCUGCGCAGGAUGACGGCCGGCUUCAUGGGCAUGGCGGUGGCCAUCAUCCUCUUCGGCUGGAUCAUCGGCGUGCUGGGCUGCUGCUGGGACCGAGGCCUUAUGCAGUACGUGGCAGGGCUGCUCUUCCUCAUGGGAGGAACCUUCUGCAUCAUAUCACUGUGCACCUGUGUGGCCGGGAUCAACUUCGAGCUGUCGCGCUACCCUCGCUACCUGUAUGGACUCCCCGACGACAUCAGCCAUGGCUACGGAUGGUCCAUGUUCUGUGCGUGGGGGGGCCUGGGCCUCACGCUCAUCUCGGGGUUCUUCUGUACCUUGGCCCCUUCUGUCCAACCUGUCCCGAGGACCAACUGCCCCAAAUCCAGACCCGAGAAUGGGACAGUGUGCUAAAAAACGAACCCCCCCAUGCAUAUAUAUAUUAUAAAUAUAUAUAUAUAUAAUAUACAUAUAUAAAACAAAACUCAAUCCAGAUGAUGCUCGUGCCAAGGAGAGUGGAGUUGGCUCAGGCACCCGCAUCCUGUCGGACUUUGUCUUUGUUGCCUCGUCACCGAGAUGGGGAAGGUGUUCCCACCAACCGGCUCUUCCAUCACCUCUUACCUUUUGGCUCCAUGGUUCCCUGAAGACACGGUGAAUGUCCGGCUCCCGACAGCCUCCUGAUCCCCGUCACUCACGAGGACAGGGUGCUGGGCUGGGCAGGGACAGUGCCAGAGGGUUGGAGCGGCACCGAGGAGGAGAUGGAAGUGCCACCACGGGCCGUCACCCCAGCACCGACCACGCCACAGAGAAGCCGCGCUCUCAUCCGCAGACCAUCACCCGCGAACCAGGAGGCGGGGCGGAACCACUGCUCCUCCAUCUCUUCCCCUCCUGGUUUCCUUCCUGGGGCCCGGCGGCGAGGCGCACAAGAAGUGGAAGAGAAGACGAAGCUCAAAGGAAGUUUCCUCGUUGCCACCAGACUUUCGGACAAAGUUCAGGAGGUGGAGAGGGGGCGAGAACAACCUGCUGAGAGGCGAGAUCCGCGUCGAUGAAAGGACGCUUCAGCGGAUGCUCAGAAAACCCAGUCUUACCGUCCAGCUGCCUUACACCGAGUUAGACAAGAGGCUGCCCUUCCCCCAGCCCCACCUGCACUCCCUGGGCAGACCGGAGCCUUGGAGUGAUGCUGUGAUGUGUGUGUGUGUGUGUGUAACUAUUUCGGAUGGUUUCCUUUUUUCCUUUUCAUGUUUUAAAACGGGAACACUGCAUUAUGCCUGCUGUCUCUCUGUCCAGCGGGGCGGUUUCAGGGCCCUGCGUGGAGGCCCUGAGACCAGGAAGAAUAAUGAGGGGCAGGCCCACAUGGGUGCCAGUUCUGCAGCUUUUGAUCCCCGGCGUGUGCGUGUGGCCGAUGUUUCCUGAGUGUAGGUUUUAUCGUUUGCGUUGCAUUUUUCUAUUAUUUUUAGUGCAGCUGAAAUUCCCAGAGGGCAGAGCCGAGAACAAAACCGCUGGGCAGAGGACCCUGUGGUUCUUCACGUGACAGUUCGGGGACAGCGCAGGAUUUAAACCCUCUCAUUUCAGAAGCCCUCGACACAGCAGGGCC